AUGAAGAAGACGUCGGCGUUCGAGUGGAACCACCAGGCGGGCGAGGCCUUCCACGACCUCAAGCACGUACUAUCCACCGCACCCGUCCUGGCCGUGUCGGCUAUGAAGGAGCCACUGUUGCUCUAUAUCGCGGUGACUUCCCACGUGGUCAACAUGGUGCUGGCGGUCGAGUGCCCAGAGGAGGGCAAGGCUCAGCCGGUCCAGCGCCCAGUGUACUACCUGAGCGAGGUGCUCUCCCUCUCUAAGCAGAACUACCGCCAAUACCAGAAGAUGUGCUACGACGUGUACCUAGCUGCCAAGAAGCUGAAGCACUAUUUCCAGGAGCAUACCAUCACUGUGGCCUUCAGGGAAUGGGAAGCCAGAGAUGCCAACAUGGCCACCUAUCGUUUCCUGGUCCAGCAACUGUUCAAUGACUUCGACGGCUGCUCCAUCCCGGGGCCUACUGACCCCGGCCCAGCCUCGGGGCCUGCUGGCUCCAUUUCGGGGGCUGCCGUCCCUGUCCCGUCCUCGGGGGCUGCCGGCUCCAUCCCGGUGGCUGCCGUCCCUGGCUCGGCCAACGCUGGCCUGGGGGAUGCCGAGCCGGCUCUGGCCGAAGUUGCCGUCCUCACAAUAGUAACGGCGCCGUCAUGGGCUCAACCCAUCCUCGCUUUUCUCGAGAGCAGCAAGCCCCCGGUCGACGAAGUCGAAACCCGGCAAGUGCAGCGUUGGGCCUUAGCCUACACCAUCAUCAACAACGAGCUCAUCAACCGCAGUGCGAUCGGCGUGUUCCAGCGCUGUGUCGAGCCGGACAAGGGGCACGAGAUCCUCCUCGACAUCCACCAGGGAGAGUGUGGGCACCAUGCGGCCUCGAGAGCCUUGGUGGCCAAAGCAUUCCGCUACGACUUCUACUGGCCCACAGCCCUGGAAGACACCGAGCGGCUGGUCCUCAAGUUCGAGGGUUGCCAACGGUUCAGCAAGAGCGGCCACCAACCGGCUUCAGCUCUUCAGACCAUUACCAUCACGUGGCCAUUUGCCGUCUGGGGCCUCGACAUGGUGGGGCCAUUCAAAACCACGCAAGAUGGGAUGACGCACCUAUUGGUCGCCAUGGACAAGUUCACCAAGUGGAUCAAGGCGCGACCAAUCAAGAAACUCGAUGGGCCCACACCCGUUAGAUUCCUCAUGGAUAUCGCGGUUCGCUACGACGUGCCCCACAACAUCAUCACUGACAACAGCACCAACUUCGCCAAGGGCGCCCUGGCCCAGUACUGCUCCACGUCCGGCAUCCGGCUCAACCUAGCCUCGAUCGCGGACCCCCAGUCAAACGGCCAGGUGGAGCGGGCCAAUGACCUGAUUUUGGCCGGGAUCAAGCUGAUACGUCUCCAACGGGUGCAGCACCCUUCUGCUCCUUGCCCACGCCUCAGGUUGUGGCAGAGGCGUGGGCAGGGCCCAGAUGAGCUCGCGCGCCUCCCGGAGCAUUAG